AUGAGGGGCACUUACGCCAGCACCAUGGAGCGACAUGGCAGCGCGGGCAGCAAAAACUCAGAAGCAGGGGCCCGCAUGGCCAUUAGGAGAGCGUUCCCAGGAGCGGAGCCGACGAAAGAUGUAGCCGAGCAAGAUGGCUUGGGCAGCGGUCAGGUGGCCCUGAGAUGUCAAGAGUGGCGGAGCCUCAGCAUCCCACAUUUCCCAGGGGUUGUUGCGAUAUGUUUGGGGACGCUGGGGGGCGCUGCCGAGCAAGCCGCGCCGGCGGAGCGCAGGCGCAAAGCCCUGCCCGGGGCAGAGGGCGGCGGACCGUGCAUGAAGGCGGCGGCGGCGCUGCAACUCAUGAAGGUGUUCGUGACGCGGCGGCUCCCCCCGGAGGGGCGGGCGGCCUUGGCCCGGGCAGGGGGCUGCAGCAUCCAGCAAUGGGAUUCAGAUGAGCCCAUCCCACAGUCAGAGUUGUUAGCAGGGGUUGCUGGGAAGGAUGGGCUCCUGUGCCUUUUGUCUGACCGGAUAGACAAAGAGGUUCUGGAUGCAGCAGGGCCAUCCCUGAAAGUAAUCAGUACAUUGUCUGUGGGAUAUGACCAUCUUGCGACUGAUGAAAUAAAAAAACGAGGAAUCCGUGUGGGGUACACGCCAGACAUCCUAACGGAUGCCACUGCUGAGCUCACGGUUGCCUUGCUCCUAGCAACAUCUCGCCGGCUGCCUGAAUCGGUGGAGGAAGUAAAGAACGGCGGCUGGACGACAUGGAAGCCCCUCUGGAUGUGUGGCUAUGGGCUUUCUGGCAGCACCGUUGGGAUUAUUGGGCUGGGAAGAAUAGGGCAGGCUGUAGCACGUCGCCUAAAGCCAUUUGGAGUAAAGAGGUUUUUGUACAGUGGACGUCACCCCAAGCCUGAAGGAAUGGCAGAAUUUGGAGCAGAGUUUGUACCAGUUGCCAAGCUGGCGGAGGAGUCUGACUUUGUCAUCGUGACUUGUUCCCUGACUCCCGACACCCAGGGCAUGUGCAAUCGGGAUUUCUUUUGCAAGAUGAAGAAAACCGCUUUGUUCAUCAACACGAGCAGAGGUGCCGUGGUGAAUCAAGGCGACCUUUAUAAUGCACUGGUCAAGGGCCACAUUGCAGCUGCCGGCCUGGACGUCACGACCCCAGAACCACUGCCUCCGGCCCAUCCGCUCCUUUCUCUGAAGAACUGCGUGAUUUUGCCUCAUAUUGGAAGUGCCACCUAUGCAACCAGGAACACUAUGUCGGUGCUCGCUGCUAACAAUCUUUUGGCUGGACUGAAAGGGGAAAGCAUGCCUAGCGAACUCAAACUGUGAGAAGAAAUACUGGAACA